GCGUAAUAGGUCAUUGCUGUAUAGCAUCGUCAGUCACCCGGGUACAUGACAGCGCCCGAUGGUUUGAAAGAACAGCCCCGGGGUUUCUGGAAAUCGCAAGAUGGCGCCGAAUGGCACGGGUCGAAAGGCCCCGGCCGGUGGGAAGUCCAAAGCAUACGACUUUGUGUCGCGGUCGUUAUUGAACGAGGCUCUUGGUACCGACGCGAAGAAGCAGACUCUCAAGAUGAAGGACGAUGUCGUCAAGAGGUUGCCCAAGGCGUCGAAGCCAGGCAACUGGGACUCGGAUGUCGUUGGAGGUGUCGAGAAGGAUACGAGCGGAGUCGUGAACCGCGUACCGAUGGAUGUCGCGCGCGCCUUUGCGACCGGCCACCCCAUGCAAGACAUCCCCGACGUCGUUCGCUGCAACCAUUGCAAGCGCCCCGUACUUCGACACAAAGCCAAGGCUCACAUCGAAGAGUGCAUCCAGAAGAAGCAAGAGAAGCAACGCAAGAAGAAGGAAGCAAAGGACGCCCGCGACGCCGCUGCGCGCAGAGCCGAACGUGAAAACGACAACAGCGAAUCGGAAGAGGAAGAAGGCAUGAUGGCUUCCAAGACUGCCGGCAAGAACGACGGCACAUCAGGCAAGAAGCGCAAGGCCGAAGACAUGACCGAAGGCGGAAAGAAGAAGAAAAAGAAGGACGAACCCAAGGCCAAGGCCCCUCGUCCCAAGGCCCCCGUCGACGUCGAGAAGCAGUGCGGUGUUCCUCUCGCCAACGGAGCCCAGUGCGCACGCAGUUUGACAUGCAAGUCCCAUAGUAUGGGUGCCAAACGCGCUGUGCCGGGCAGAAGCGCUCCUUAUGACAAGCUGCUGGCCGAAUACCAGCGCAAGAACCAAGCCAAGCUACAAAAGCAAGCUCUUGAAGCACAACAGCCCUACCAAGACGACGAGUUCGCCCACGCCGGCCCCAUCGACUCAGACGAAGAAAAGGAUCAAGUUCUUGCCGCCAUCGCCCAAUCACGACCCCGUCCACUCUGGCAAUCUCAGCCUGUUCAGCGCAGGCGCAAGUACGAAUACGUACGCAUCAGAGAGAUGAUGAGCAGUGCUCUGAGCGGUAAAGGUGCUGGCCUCUUCCGCACCGGUCCCCCUCCUGAAGAAGACAACAUCAAUCUCAUCAACGGCAUGGACCCCAUGAUCGCAACUCCGGACAACAGCGACAGAAGAAUGAGUGGCGUGCAACGCACCAUGGCAGGAACCCAUUCUCGCAAGACGAGUGGUGUCCCAUGAGCACAGCAGACCAACAUACAUGACUAGGAAAUUGGCGUUUUAAGGCUCUUUGGGAUGGCGGUUUAUUACAGAGAUACCCAUUUUUCUUUCACUGACGAGCAAAGGAACGAGGGUUACUCCUACUCUAGCAGUAGGCAGAUUACACGACGAAUGCAUGUUUCUUUUGUCCCAA